UGACACUCCCGCCUGCAGGCUGCAUCAAACCGUGCCGCUUCUCAUCCUUUGAUCGCGCUUGAUACAAAGCAACAAGUCCCCAGUUCAGAGCAUCAAGGAUCCUUUCUGCUUCAUACCCGUUCAUCCAUCGAAUAUGACUCCUGAAAAUGCUGGAAACUCGCCACCGCCGCCACCGCCACCCCCGCCGCCAUCCUCCUCACGCCUGCAGCGGUCGCUGUUCCGGAGUCCAGCCUUUGACCAUGUCGAGGAUGUGAAUAUGUAUCGACCUGGUGGGCAUCACCCUAUUGACCUGAACGAUAUGAUUGGGCAAAAGUUCAAAAUCAUUCACAAACUGGGAAACGGAGGCUUCGCACUCGUCUGGCUGGCGCGGGAUUUGGAGGAAAAUCGAAAUGUUGCGCUCAAAGUCCUCAGAGCAGACGCAUCGGAUCAUGAGGUGAAUGUCUUAAAGCAUCUUAAAAAUUCUGCAGCCAGCGCUCAAAUCACAAACCUCUACGAAACAUUUACAAUUUGCGGGCCCAAUGGGGUUCAUCAAUGUUUGGUAUUAGAUAUUGGCGGGCCGAGCCUCAGUCAUUUAAGCAUGUACUGCAAACGACCUCCACUUUCAUUUCAAAAAGUCGCCUCCCAAAACCUAGCUGAAGGCCUUGCAGCCCUUCACUCAGCCGGUAUAUGCCACGGCGAUCUCACAGAUUCCAACGUGCUUUUCGAAAUUAAAGGUCUUCGAGAGUGGACAGCAGAUGAGAUUUAUCGUUAUUUGGAACCGCCUAGGACGACUCCGCUCCUACUCCUCGAUGGCACGCCUGCACCAGGAUUCGCUCCUACUAAUGUUGUCGAAGCGCUUAACUACUCUCGCCUCGACAUAGAACAACUGUCUGGUAACGUUCUUAUAACCGACUUCGGUGAAGCGUUCUUCGGAAACAACGUACCUGAAGGGCUUGGAACCCCUGUGUCAUUCUCGAGCCCGGAGAUGCAGUUCGGGUACCCCCCUUCCUAUGCUGUUGACCUCUGGGCUCUUGGUUGUCUUAUGUUCGAGAUUUACACGUUUCGGGCGCUAAUCCUCACAGCAUUUGGUUCCCACGAGGAGGCGUUGGCAAUGGCCACUGAAACAAUUGGAGCCCUACCAGAAGAAUGGCAAGAAUCAUAUUGCGAUAAAGAAAGACUACUAGCGAACAUAGAAGGAAAACACCGGUGGUUUGAUGACCAGAUCAAGCGAGAGUGCACCUUGGACUCCCAAAUUCGUAAACACGUACCGGAGCUCUUGCAAGAUCAGCACACCAUUUUUCUCCAACUGCUCGAAAGCGUCCUGGUUUUUCAGCCUAGCCGUCGUCUCACUGCUGCGGAAAUUGGGAAACACGCUUGGUUCAUGUAUGAGUAGCAGAAAAUUGACACCGCGAUGCAGAUUGUCUUGAAUGGCACGGGACAGUUUGGAUGGACAUGUUUACUUUAUUUUUAAGUCAAUCGGCUGUUGACGCAGGGGACACACCGCUCCGAACACGUCCCGAUAGGGGAGUAUCGAAGAGGCCGAGGGAAUACAGAGACGAGUAGAACUAUCAUUUUGAUAGGUGUAAGGAAAGGAGUGGAGGCGUCUGGUUUCUCUUAGGGCGACUCAGGUUGGAUGGAUGCAUCUCAAAAAAAGGAAUGUUAGAUAGUGUUAGAUGGAGGGUCUUGCAUCAGGUAGUAACAUGGCUAGCAUAAACUACGUGC